AACUUAAAGUGGGCGGGACUUCCUGGUGUUCUAUUCCGUGAUUGGCGGGUCCAGCCUCUGACCCCAGUGCGCAGACUCGUGCUUCUCUCCGGUACAAUGGCGGCAGUCGGAGCGCCGUCCUCCGUGUUUUCUCGGGUUUCUGUCCACGGAGCAGCAGCGGGAGAGUUAAUAAAGCUGUAAGACAGAAACAGCAGCAGUUGGUGAACUCUGGAAAGAAGAGAAACGGUUUGAGGCUCAGCUGGAACUGCUCAGUAACUGUUAAAGGAAAGUUUGGAGAGAGAAAAGCUAGCAGAGAUGUGGAGACAGCAGGUCAAACAGCGACUGGAUGCAGCAGAGGAGCAGAGACACGAAAUACUGGAUGCUGCUUUCAGCCCCGAACAUCGGCUGCACACAUCAGACUGGUGACCUGUCCAGGGUGACCCCGCCUCUCGCUGGAAAGGCAGCAGCUCCUCUUGCUGGAUGCACAGGGCGACAGUGGAAAGAAACAACUCCAGGACGUUCUAACAGAAUCAGAACCAGGCUCAACGUUCGUCCCACUGCCGCGGUCAGAGAGGAUUCCCCGGAGGAGCCCAGCUCUGACUGGGACCCAGAACCCGUCCGGAUCAAGGAGGAGCAGGAGGAGCUCUGGGACAGUGUGGCGGGGGAGCAGCUGGACAUGAAUGAGGAGAUGGAGAGCACCAGAAGAAGAGUCAAGAGUGAGGACGAAGAUGAGGAAGAGGAGGAGAAGCCUCCUGUCUUACUGGGCACUCUCCCUAGCAUCAGCUCAGUGAACCAGAUGAAGUCAGAAAGCGAUGAAAAGGAUGGAGAAGGAGGAAGAUCCAGAAGGAUCUCAGAUUCCAACACACAUGGAGACACUUCCAGCUCUUCAGACACUGAGGUCAGUGAGGAAGAGGAUGGUGAUGAUGAGAACCAUUCUGACGCUCAACUCAAGCCCUUGUCAGACUCCGAGGCUGAAACCGAAGGGAGUGAAGACGACUGUGAGGAGAGCGGCUUUCGCAAGGCGAAGGGGAGAACUCCCAGCAGAGCUUGGAGCUGCGCCGAGUGCAGUAAACGGUUCGCCUCCAAGCGCUCCCUUCAGAGUCACAUGGCAAGUCAUUCACAACAAAGACCUGAUGGGAAGGAGGAGAAAUGUUUUAGUUGUGACAUCUGUGGGAAAAGCUUCAAGAGAAAAAGUCACUUAAACCUUCACACAAUAAUCCACACAGGGGAGAAACCUUUUGGCUGCGACGUCUGUAAACAAAGAUUUGGUCGAAAGUCUCACCUGAACAGACACAUGACCAUCCACUCUGGAGAGAAACCCUUCCAGUGUGAGAAAUGUGGCAGAAAGUUUGCUAGUAAAUGCCGCCUCAACUCACAUCAGAGAGUUCACUCUGACGAGAAACCAUUUGGCUGCGACAUGUGCGAGCAAAGAUUCAAGGACAAGUCGGCGGCGAACCGACACAUGAAAGCCCACUCUGGAGAGGAACCAAUCAGAGAAAAGCAGUUUGGCUGCAACCAGUGCACUAAAAGGUUCACCAGUAAAAGUUGCUUGAAAUCACACCUGCGAAUUCAUAGCGGAGAAAAACCGUUUGUUUGUGAUCUCUGUGGGCAGAAAUUCUUCUACAAGGCGAAUCUGAAAGCACACAUUCGGAUUCACACAGGGGAGAAACCCUACAGCUGUGACGUGUGUGGACAAGACUUCAGAUCCAAGUCGCAUCUAAACACCCACCAGAGAAUCCACACCGGAGAAAAGCCGCUCAACUGUGACGUCUGUGGACAGAGAUUCAGCCGCAAGUCGCAUUUAACCAGACACAUGAAGGUCCACACAGGAGAGAAACCCUUUGGCUGCGUUCAGUGCAGCAAGAGGUUCACCAACAAAACCGACCUAACCUUCCACCUGAGAAUCCACACAGGGGAGAAACCGUAUGCCUGUGAUUUCUGCGGGAAGAGAUUCAUGGUCAAAUCGGCUGCAAACAAACACAUGAGAGUGCAUUCGGGAGUGAAGCCAUUUGGCUGCCAUCUUUGUGGGCAAAGGUUCACAGCGAAGCCCAGUGUGAAGAAACACAUGAUCAUCCAUACGGGGGAGAAACCCUUCUGCUGCAACGUCUGCGGGUAUAGAUUCAACCUGAAGACCAGUUUAGACAGACACGUUAGGAUCCACACCGGAGAAAAACCAUUUGGUUGUGACAUUUGUGGACGGCACUUUAACCGCAAGUCCACCUUAAAUACACACAUGAAGAUCCACAGAGAAGAGAAAGUUGCCUAGAGAGGCAACUAUGGAGAAAGUUUGAGUUCACGACUUACCUAACCAAUACACUUUACAGGUUUGUUUUGAAAUUGAUGUGAUUUGUGAACAGAAAUGGUAUUUCAUUUAUGGAAUCUGUUUGUGGACCUUAUAGUUAUACCUUUAAUGAAAGGUAGCUGAUCAUUUUAGUUGUUUCUCAUGUUAUCGAGUUGUUUAUCUGGAAAAAUGCAAACUGUUUUAGCUGUAAUGUUUAUGGGAGAGAUCGGAUCUGGUAGAGAAAACAAACCUAAUAAACACUUAUCCUAGAGAGCAGCUCCAUCUGAUCCACAGCCAGAUUUGAAACGAUGCAGUUCCUCCUUCUAACCACAAGUUGAAUUAAUGGUUAGACUGAACAGAAAACAGUCUGGCCACUUGGUGGAUUGAUUCAGUUAGCGAAUAAUUAGAGCAUUUAAGUCCUUUGAUCAAAAGAAGCUGCUUUGAUCUUGACUGUUACGUGUCAGAAGGUCUAGUCAAAGGCCAGCCCCUGAAGGACUGGCUGCAGUAUGUCGUUACUGCCACAGAGAGGCUGAAGUCUUUAGUACCAGUUCCUUUUGUCUGUAAAUAUUAGCUGUUAUUAGAACCACUUCUGCAUUUUAAGGUGCUGAACUGAUAUUUAUUUGUAGUUUAUAUUUAUUUUAAUAACCAGGCGCUUCUGAAAGGAACAUCAGCUGCUAAUUAAAACCUUUCAGUUUUCAAAUAAUCAGAAGUUUGACUGAAAGCUCAGCAGAUAUGAACCGAUUACCGGUUUUAUCAAUAUUUAUGUGACUCCAACCAGAAUCAUCCUUGUUUUCUGAUCUUCUGUUGCCCACCUGUCCUGGUUCUGAUCCAGUUCUGAUCCAGUUGUGAACCAGCCCAGUGCUCCAGAGUUCGGCAGGAAGCCAUGUUUGGUCUGAGCUGGUUACUCACGGUUAGCUCAGACUCAUCAUGCUGGAUCCUCGUCCUUCUCCUGGUAACAGAACCUCAGAUCAGUACCGGUUCUGGACUCAAAGUGGUACCGACUCAUUUUGGCCGUUUGACUCAUUUGGGCCCCAGCUUGGUGGAAAGACUCCUGGUCAUGAAAGGACGCUCGGGUUUAACUUCCUGAUGGAAACAUAAACAUCAUUUUAUUUCAGUGUCUUUAGGAUAAAAAUCUAAACUUUAUGAUUUUGUCUUCACAUCUCUGUCACUUGUUCUCUGCUUGAGGCGGCCAUGACGGGAGCCGGGUGUUCAUGAUGAAGCCCCGCCUCCCGGAGGCAGAACCUUCAUCCUGUUUGGGUUUGAAAGUCUGCUAGCUUCUGGAAGGAACAGAAACAGACAUGUUUGCUUUUCAAUGGGAAGCAGAAAAACAUUUCAGUCGAACCGGAUCAGGCAGGUUGGGCUCAGGUUGUUGUCCAGCUUCUAUCUGAUUAUUGUAAGGUGGUUCUGACAUAACUGUUCUUUUAUGUUUCAUGUUUUUAAAUGUUCUAACUAAUAAACACAUUUUACCA